AUAAGCGAAUCGAAAACAACACGGCCAUCUCGUGUGCAAUCUUCUGACCAGCACGCGAAUCCUCUCUUCAAUCGACUGCAUACCCAGAAUAUUCAGAUUCAGACAUCUGCAAAAAUGGUCGACCGCCGCAACAAGCCCGCCGCUCUUGCCACGACACCGGGUCUGCCUCCACAGGCCCAGGUCAACAUCACGCACGACAACAGCCGAGUGAGCGCUGUACUUCCCUCCGGAGAGAGCGUUGAGGUCCUCUUGUACGGUGCGACCGUCAUCAGUUGGAAGGGCCGCGCUGGCAAUGAGCGGCUGUGGCUUUCCAAGGGUGCGAAGCUCGACGGCAGCAAGGCCGUAAGAGGUGGUAUUCCCUUGGUGUUUCCCGUCUUCGGAACGGCACCCAACCAUGACGCUACAUCCAAGCUACCUCAGCACGGCUUCGCUCGUACCUCGACCUGGGAAUUCCUGGGUUCGUCUACGUCGGAAUCGACUGGAAAUUCGGACAAUUCUGUGAAGCUCGACUUCGGCCUUAGUCAUGCCAACUUGAGCGAUGAGUCCAGGAAAUUGUGGCCCUACUCCUUCUCGCUUCAAUACAGCGUCACCCUUACCCCCGACAACCUAGGCACAGGCCUCGUCGUCACCAAUCAGGACGAUAAGCCCUUCGAAGUUCAAGUCCUGUUACAUACCUACCUCCAGAUCAACGAUAUCAACAAGAUCUCGGUUACUGGUCUGGAAGACGCCGACUAUCUGGACAAGGUCGACGGCGCAAAGGCCAAGAAGCAAUCAGGGUCGAUCACCAUUGCAGGCGAGGUUGAUCGCGUCUACACUCCUGUCAAGGGUCCUUCAGAACCCGUAGUCGUCCACGAGGGUGACGAGAAGAAGUACAGUGUCGUGAGAGACAAUCUGGAGGAUGUUGUUGUCUGGAACCCAUGGGUCGACAAGUCCAACAGCAUUGGUGAUUUUGAGCCCAAAGACGGCUACAAGAACAUGAUCUGUAUCGAGGCCGGCGCUGUCAAGGGCUGGCAGAAGCUGGAGGCGGGCGACGCUUUUGAGGGUGCUCAGGUCAUCUCGGUCUGACUUGGGAAGGAACCGAACGCGAAAGGCAGGCUGUAGAUGGUAAGCAACCAGGCCAUGCCAGACGGAAAAAGAAACAAAUCAGGAUUAAUGCCACAUCGCCGACGUGUGAAAAGCGCCGUAGCAUAAACAUGAAAAUCUAAGCUACGCUGCUGCUCGGAUUGAAGGCACAAUUGCUCAUAUGGUCAAAAACGUAAGGCAUUCGUGACCGGGCAUACAAAACCAAACUCAAGACUAUUGUGUUUAGUCCU